UCAGGCAGAGUGAACAGAAUACUGCAGUCAUAACAUCAGGCACCUAUGUGAGGAAGUUGGACUAUGAUAAUUCACCAUGGCUUAUGGCUUGCCAAGAAAGAACACAGUGAAAACCAUAUUGCGGGGCGGUUGUUUUAAAGUACAGGAACCUUGGGAUCUUGCACUGCUUACAAAGACCUGGUACAUGAACCUAGCCAACAUCAAAUUGCCUUUCUUGGAAGAAAUUACAUUUGGUAGUCCUUUUUACCUCCAAAAAAAUAAAACCACUAAGAGUGCUCUGCUCCCUUCUGCAGAAUACAUCAAACUUGAAAGGGAGUAUGAGAUGAAGCGCUUGAAAAACCUGAAAUGUCAGAAAAUCCUAGCUGAGGAAGUUCAGUUUUCUCUAAGGGAAAGGCAAGUUGGUUUGAGAAGACCCCUUCCACCUAAGUGACCAUCAUCUCAUAAUUGAAUCUGUACUCUGAGCUUUCCACAUCCAAAGGCAAUGAAGGUCUCCAGCCUUUCACAGUGUGAAGUUUGGUGCAGACAUGAGUACCCACUGCUGGAUGAACCAGCUCCUGUGGGUUGAUGGCAGCUCUGACAGAUCUUCUGUGUCCCUACCACAUACUUGUUCCUUUGUGUCACAAGCAACAACACUGUAAGUAGAUGAAAGUAGUUGGGAUUGAGUCAUUUAUGCUAUUCAUUUGGAUUUUUGUAAAAUUGCACUAUGGAAAGAGGAAACUCCUUGUCAGAGACAUUAUUUUGAAUUUGCAUCUUUGAGAUACCAAAAAAGGAGAGAGAAAAAU